GGCGGGGCGGGCUGGGGGCGGUGCUCCGGAGCCUCCGCAAGCCGCCGGCGGCGCCGGGGCCCGGUAGAGGCUGCGCGAGCCCCCCGGGGCCGGGCACCAUGAGCGGCCGCGUCGGGGACCUGAGCCCGCGGCAGGCGGAGGCGCUGGCGCAGUUCCGGGAGCACGUGCAGGAUGUGCUGCCCUCGCUGCCUGCACAGGAUGACUAUUUCCUCCUCAAAUGGCUCCGAGCGCGCUCCUUCGACGUGCCCAAGUCAGAGGCGAUGCUCCGCAAGCACCUUGAGGUCCGCAAGCACAUGGACGCCGACCACAUCGUGUCCUGGGAGGCCCCCGAGGUGAUCCGCAGGUACAUGUCGGGCGGGAUGUGCGGCUACGACCGCGAGGGCAGCCCGGUCUGGUACGAGAUCAUCGGGCCGCUGGACGCGCGGGGGCUGCUGCUCUCCGCCUCCAAGCAGGACCUGCUCAAGAACAAGUUCCGCGACUGCGAGCUGCUGCGGCACGAGUGCGAGGAGCAGAGCAGGAAGCUGGGCAGGAAGAUCGAGACGGUGCUGAUGGUGUACGACUGCGAGGGCCUGGGCUUGAAGCACCUCUGGAAGCCAGCGGUGGAAACCUAUGGGGAGCUCCUGUCCAUGUUCGAGGAGAAUUACCCCGAGUCCCUCAAGCAUCUGUUCAUUGUGAAGGCCCCCAAGAUCUUCCCCGUUGCCUACAACCUGGUCAAGCACUUCCUGAGCGAGGACACCCGCAGGAAGGUCGUGGUGCUGGGAUCCAACUGGAAGGAGGUCCUGCAGAAGCACAUCGACCCCGAGCAGAUCCCGGUGGAGUACGGGGGCAGCCUCACGGACCCCAAUGGGGACCCCAAGUGCUCGAGCAAGAUCAACUAUGGGGGGGACGUGCCGCAGCGGUACUACGUGCGGGACCAGCUGGCGCAGCAGUACGAGCACAGCGUGGUGGUGAACCGGGGCUCGUCCCACCAGGUCGAGUACGAGAUCCUCUUCCCCGGCUGCGUCCUCAGGUGGCAGUUCCGGACGGAGGGCGCUGACGUGGGGUUCGGGGUGUACCUGAAGACCAAGGCCGGGGAGCGGCAGCGCGCGGGGGCCAUGACUGAGGUGUACCCCAACCAGCGCUACAACUCCCACCUGGUGCCCGAGGACGGGUCCCUGACCUGCUCCACACCCGGCAUCUACGUGCUGCGCUUCGACAACACCUACAGCUACCUGCACGCCAAGCGGCUCAGCUACAGCGUGGAGGUGCUGCUGCCGGAUGCCGCCGCCGCGCAGCAGAUCCAGCGCCUCGGGGACCGGCCCAGCGAGGAGAGCCUCAACCACAGCCCCUAGCGCUGCACCCC